CCUGUAGCGGCAUGUGUAUGUAAACACUUCUAGCUUCAACUCAUGAUAAAACUGUUUUGAAAACACAGAUCACCGCGACUGGAUACAUGUGGUAAACGCACAACACAGACAAAAUGAAGCUGAAGAUUAAACCUACAUCUCACAAAUCGGAUAACACAUACAGGUUCCUCACUUUCUCGGAGAGACUUGCCAACGUGAAUAUCGAUGUCAUCCACCGCAUCGAUCGAACUGGAAGCUAUGACGAGGAGGUUGAAACGUAUUUCUACGAAGGCUUGAACAAAUGGAGAGACCUAAAUUUAACCGAACACUUCACCACCUUCUUGAAAGAGGUGUCCAACAAGAGCCAGUCCUUCCACCAGUUGGUGUUCCACCAGAAGGCGAUCGUGGACAGCAUGAAGGCCCACCUGAGUGUCAAGAGCAGCAUGGCCUUCCAACCUCUGCUGGAUCUGGUGGUGCAGCUGGCUCGAGACCUCCAGACGGACUUCUACCCCCACUUCCCCGACUUCUUCCUGAUCAUCACAGCCAUCCUGGAGACCUCGGACACGGAGGUGCUGGAGUGGGUCUUCACCUGCCUCUCCUACCUGUACAAGUACCUGUGGAGGCUCAUGGUCAAGGACAUGGACACCAUCUACAGAAUGUACAUCAAGUUGCUCGCUCACAAGAAAGAACACAUCCGCAACUUUGCAGCUGAGAGCUUCUCUUUUCUCAUGAGAAAGGUUCCUGACUUCGAUGCGUUGUUCACGCUCAUAUUCUCUGACCUGGGUGAGCAGCGCCACAAGGCGGCAGGGGUGGGCCAGCUGGUCUUUGCCAUGUGCAAGGGGGUCCGUGGCAUGUUCCACUCCUGCGCUACCACGGCUCUGCCGGUGGCGUUUCGUAAGCUUGGCCCCUCAGGUGAGGCAGGGGGCGCGGCUCUGCCCUGGGACGCAGUGAAGGAGGCCCUGGAUCACAUGGUCGAGUCGGCAGCCAAUCACGUGGAGAAGGAGCACUUCCUGGUCCUCUGGGAUGCUCUGGAGGUGACUGUGAAGGAGGUGCAUUCGCGAGUGCAGGGCCCUGAUGGAGGCUGCUGCUCCGCUGAGGCCAGCGAUCACCUGGAGCGCCUUCUCUUCCUCUACAACACACUGCUGCACCAGCACAAGGGCUCAAAGGUCACCAAGCCACCCGCCGUCUGUGAGACCCUACUCCUGCUGGUCCAGACCAAGGGCUUGUCCUAUGCCUGCUACCAGAGGCUACUGGAGGUGCUGGCCACCCUUCUGCUGAUCGACAACGUUGGCUUGACCCCCCAGACCAUUCAGGACACCGUCAAGAAGGUGUUCCGCAGUGGAAUGGAUCGUGACCUGAUAAUCCCUUUCUCCAAAGAGCUCUUUAAAAUGAACCAGUUUGAGCAGCUGGUCCUUCCGGGUCUUCUGCGGUACCUGGAGGUUCUGUUUGGGUCAGCCGACCCGGUGUGCCACUACCAGGCCCUGGAGCUUCUGGUCCAGCUCAUCCUGGACAAGGCCCCACCCCCUACAGAUGGAUCCAUGGCCUUGGAGAAGUACCCACUGGUCUUCAAUGGACAGGCACCGGCAGCAGAGGGGGCUGAUGGGAAGGAGUCAGUGCCACAGUACAUCCUGUCUCUCAUCCAGCUGGCCCCCAAACGACCCCUCGGUGACCUCUCCCUGCCCUGGGCCUCCCUUGUACUCCUGCCACACCUACGGCCAUUGGAGUCCUCCUCAGUGGUACCUCCGCUGACUUCUCUUCUCAAUCGCCUCCUCACCGGCGUACGGAAGGGGUCGCUCGGGCUAGAUGCCCUGUUUGUGGCGCGCCAGGCCCUGAGUACACUCCUGAGCUUCAAGGAAUCAGCCGAGGUGCUCUCACUGCUCCCAGUACAGCUGGUCAGGAGCAUCAUACGGAAAUACCCUUCUGAACUCUCAGCCCUGUUGCUUGGCGACCUCUACUACUCCAGGCUGUCACUCAACGGUUGCUCCACCCACUUAUCCCAAGAUGCAUUGCUGGAACUCUUCCUAAUCCUCAAGAAAAACUUCUCCUCUAAUGCCUCCAAGAUCCGUUUCUUGUCCUUGAGGAUCUUGAGUCAUUUCGAGGCCGACUUGGUAAAGCCAGUAGGGGCGGAGGAGGCUCCAGAGAGGCAGUGUGUGUUUGCCAUCUGCCUCCAGGCGGAGCAGGUGCCGGCUACGGUACAGGACUACAGAGAGAAGCUGCUGCACCUCCGCAAGCUACGCCACGACCUGGUGCAGCCAUGCCUACCCAACGGACCCUUCCACGAGGUGCCCCUGCGCUAUCUGAUCUCCAUGCUCUUUGUCAACUUCAAGUCACUAUGGGAUGCAGUCAUUGACCUGGUUGUGUCACAUGCUCAGGGGAUGGCCAAUAAGGAGUUCUGGAGUGUCUUCUACGAACAGCUGGAAAUGGUGGCCAAACUGGCUGAGGAAGAGCUUCUAGAAUGCAGUGAUGACGAGGAUGAUGAUGAUGCUGAAGAUGAAGAGGAAGGUGAUGAGGAUGACGAUGGUGAUGAAGAUGAAGAUGGUGAAGAGGAGGAGGCCGAUGAUGGAGACGAGGUUAUGGAAGAGGGAGAGGAGGAGCCUGGGGCAGGAAGAAGUGACAUCACAUGCACAGGCGACGUGGGGGUGCUGUUCAAGCAAGAGGCGGGCCAGGACGAGGAGGAGGAGCUUAGCGACCGCACGGACUUCGGAAACUUCCGGAAUCUUCUGUGGCGUGCCAUGAGCCUGUUCCCUGACCGCGUAGAGCCCCGAUCCCGAGAACUCAGUCCUCUGCUGCUGCGCUUCGUAAGGAAGGAGUUCUUCCCAGCGGACCUGCUGGUGGCUCCAACCCAGAACCUCCUGCUGACCAAAACCACCUCCUCUUCAGCGGAGGGAGAGAGGGAGGACGAGGAGGACGAGGAAGAAGAAGAGGAAGAGAAGGAGGAUUCCAGGGGCAGGAAAAAGCCCCCACGACGAGCUGCCGCCAAGCAGCUGAUUGCCCAUCUGAAGGUGUUCUCGAAGUUCACCAACCCCCGUGCCCUCUACCUGGAGCCCAGGCUCCUUGAGCUCUACACUAAGUUGCUGUGCCAUAAGGAUCAGCAGAUUCAGAAGAUGGCCCUGGAGUGUCUGCUCACCUAUAAGGACCCCGCCAUCCUGCCGUACAAAGAGAACCUGCAGAGGCUGCUUGAUGAUGUGCACUUCAAGGAUGAGAUUGUCCACUUCAACAUUGCAGAGGAGGGGGCAGUGGUACAGGAAGACCAUAGAGCCCAACUCAUGCCAGUACUUAUGAGGAUCCUGUAUGGGCGUAUGUCCACUAAGGCCAACAGUAAGCUCCAGGGUAAGGCUGCCACGGCCUCGCGCUCCUCCAUCGUGCUGCGCUUCCUAGCCGGGUGCCAACCACAUGAACUCGGCCUCUUCAUAGACAUGCUGCUGGAGCCCGUCACACACUACAGUGAAGGCGUGUGUGCGGAGGCGGUGGAGCGUGCGGUGACUGGGCUCCAGCUGGGGGCGGUGCUGCCCGUGGGUCGGCAGCACAGCCUGCUCAACACCAUGGAGGUGCUCCUGGACAAGCUGGGCCACCUGCUGGACACGCACCUGCCCCGCCUGCUGCAGAUACUGCUGUGCAUGACCGCCGCCGUGUCACGAGUACUGGAGCACAGGGAACAGUUAAAGCCAGGCUGCAUAAAUCCUCUGAAGAACUUGAGGCGUCUGGGUCAGCUGCGGGUCCAGGGUUUCUUCAGCUCUUUCGAGUUCUACAGCUUCACCGCCAGUGAGAUCGACGCCAUAUUCCACGCAGUAGUUUGGCCUCAGUUGUGCCGUCUACCGACAGAGAGCCCCUAUGCGCCGACUCCUCUGCUCAAACUCAUCCAUCUUUGGAGCAAGAACGUCAGGUUUUUCCCCCUGCUGGCGAAGCAGAGGCCUGGCCAGCCGGAGUAUGACAUCCUGCGCAACGUCUUCGCCCUGCUGUCCGCCAAGAACGUCUCCCCGACAACCAUCACCAUGGUCAUGGACAUCGCCGAGAGCCUGCUGACCACUGAGGACCCCGUUCCCAUGGAGACAGAGACGGAGGAGGGAGAGGGAGAGAAGGAGGAGGCGGCGCCGCUGUGUGUGAAUGACAGUGUGGUGCCGGAAAUAGGAGGGGCCUCUGGUAUCGACACAGACUCUGUGAGUGUGGGUUCUAGGCUGCUCUAUCCCCAUGUUCCAGCGGUUCUGCAGUACCUCAGCAGUGUGGUGCGGAACUCCGACCGCCUCCGAAAGAAGAAAUUCCGCACUCAAGUCAACAAGGAACUCAACAUCCUUUCCAAGAUCAGUCGUUUUGUGACAGAUAAAGAACAGAGCUCCAUUCUCAUCACCCUGUUGCUGCCCUACCUCAAUAAACUCAAGACUGCCCCGGAGACUGAGCUGGACAUCUUGGAGACGGUCCAGAACCUCCUGAAGCACUGCUCCAGCCCUGCAGAGUUCCUCAAGCCCCUCAGCCGCCUGCUGUCCGUACUCACCAAUAAACUCUCACGCCAGGCACUCUGUGCUGUCUUUCAGACUCUGGCUGAGAUGGACCCAGAUUUGAAGUACAUCACAGAUAUGGCUGUACAGCUGAAUGCGUUUGACAGCCGCCACCUGGAUGAGAUCUACUUCGACGUGCGGCUGACAGCCUUCCAGGAGGCCACUCGCCGGGUCAAGGCCAUGGACACACUGGACCUGAGAUACCUGCACACGCUCAUGCACAACUGCUUCCACUCCUUUGAGAUCGGUGACAUGUCUCUGGCGGACACGGCCAUCUUGUGCCUGACGACGGUGGUGGAGCAGCUGGCUGCCGUGGGGUCUCCCGAGCAGGAGUACAGGGACAUCGUAACGCACAGCAUACUGGACGCCAUGCGCAGAGGACUCCGCAGCAAGAUGGAGAGUGUGCGUAAUGACUACACCACAGUGCUGGCGUGUCUGGUGAGGGUCUUCCCUGAGAAGCAGGAGUUCCGGGACCUGGUGCAGCUCACAAACUACAACGACCCGGAGUCAGACUUCUUCGAGCACAUGAAACACAUCCAGGUGCACAGGAGAGGGCGAGCAUUGAGGCGUAUCGCCAAGCAGCUGUCAGAGGGGACGGUAGUGAUGUCAUCACGCACCAUGCAGAACUACAUCAUGCCCUACGCCAUGACCGCUCUCUUCGACGAAAAGAUGAAGAAGCAUGAGAGCAUGAGCUCGUCAGGUGUGGAGGUGGUGGGGGCGGUGUGUAAGCGCCUCACCUGGUCCAAGUACCUCUACUACCUCAAACACUUUGUCCACAUCCUACAGACGGGCCUCGCCGAACAGAAACUGGCCGUCAACCUGCUGGUGACUGUUUUAGAAGCAUUCCACUUUGACCGGGAGACACUGAGUCAGGAGAUCGAGGCUGCCAAGGCCAGGAAACAGGCCGCUGCUGUGGAGGAAGAGGUUGAGGAGGAGGGGGAGGAAGAGGAGGAUGAAGAUGAGGAUGAGAGUGAAGCUGAGGACAAUGCAGAACCUGACUCUACAGACGCUACCCAGACAGAGAAUGGUGCAGUAGCCAUGGACACGGAAGACUCAUCCACCAAUAAGGCUAGCAACCAGAAGAAGGAGGCGGGGCCUAAGAAGAAUAAGCCAACGCAUGUUGUCUGCACGGGCCUACCACAGAGCAUACAGGAACUGGAGACUCUGAUUGGCACUGUCCAAAAUACGGUCACCCAGAACAUCCUGCCACGCCUACACAAGUGCCUCACUGCCAAGGUUCAGAGGGAUGAUGAGCAUAAGGCAGUGAAGUCAAAGGAGGUCAAGGAGGAGGAGGUGGCCCGGGUGCCCAUCGCCUUCGCUAUGGUCAAACUCAUGCAGACUCUACCGCAAGAUGUCAUGGAAACCAACCUGCCUGGGGUGCUCCUGAAGGUGUGUGUUCACCUGAGGAGUCGUUUCCAGGAGAUCCGAGACGUGUCCAGGAACACCCUGGUGAAGAUCAUCCAAGCCCUGGGCUCUCGCUACCUGAAAUACCUCCUCAAGGAGAUGCAUGGCGUACUGGUGAAAGGAUACCAGGUGCACGUUCUGACCUUCACGGUGUACCAGCUGCUGUCUGCCCUGAAGCCCUCGCUCUCCGGGGGAGACCUGGACCCCUGCCUGGGGCUGCUGGUGGAGAUGUGCAAUAACGAGCUGUUUGGGCCUGUGGCGGAGGAGAAGGAUGUGAAGGGCAUCGUGUCCAAGCUGAUGGAGGCGCGGCACAGCAAGAGCGCAGACUCCUACGAGUUCCUCGCACAGUUCUCCAGCCAGGAGAGAGUCACACAGCUCAUACUGCCCCUCAAAGAGAUCCUGGAGAAGACCAUGAGCCUCAAGGUGUCUCGGCGCGUACACAUGGUGCUGAGGAGAGUAGUUGCCGGGUUACUGCAGAACCAGGUGAUGACUCCCCAGACCAUCCUGAUGCUCAGCCACGGCCUGGUCAACGAGAGCCUACCCCUAAUCACACAGAAGAACAAGCAGAAGCCCCUCCCUCCCCCGGACCCCCGGCUGGCCCCGCCCAGCUGCCUGCUGUUGCCCGCGACGCCCAAGAGAGGCUUCCAGAAGGCGGCCACCAGCAGCAAGACCAACACACACAUCCUGGUGGAGACGGGACUCAGUAUGCUCCAUCUGAGUAUGAAGUGCUCCAAGGUGAACUCCUCAGCAGCAGGUGUAAAGGAGAUGUUGGAUCCAUUCGUGGCUCUGCUGCUAGACUGCCUCGGCUCCAAACACGUCAAGGUGAUCACUGAGGCACUGCAGGCAUUCAUCUGGGUGCUGAAGUUCCCGUUGCCGGCGGUGGAGCAGGGGGCGGUGCAGCUGAGCAAGCAGCUCUUCCUGCUCCUCAAGGACUACGCCAGCGCUGGGGCCGGCGGGGGCGAGAACUUCACCCUGGUGCAGAACUGCUUCAAGGCCAUCACCAUACUGGUACGGAGCAUCACCAAGCACCAGAUCACUGACACCCAGCUGCAAGUGCUGCUGGGAUAUGCGGAGGAGGACAUCUAUGAUCACACACGCCAGGCCACUGCCUUUGGACUGCUGAAGGCCAUCUUGUGCAGGAAGCUUGUGGUACCAGAGAUGGAGGAAGUGAUGAAGAGGGUAGCCAAGCUGGCUGUCACCGGACCCAGCGACCAGGUCCGAGUACCAUGCAGACAGAUCUACCUGAAGUACCUGAUGGACUAUCCUCUUGGAAAGAAGCUGAAGAAGCAUCUGGACUUCAUUGUCGCUCAGCUCAGUUAUGAGUACGACACAGGAAGGCAGUCGGCACUGGAGAUGAUGGCGUACAUUUUCCAGAACUUUCCACAGAAACUGCUCCAAGAGCACUGCGGUCUGUUCUUUGUGCCGUUGUCGCUGGCGCUGGCCAACGAUGACUCGGCACGCUGUAAGAAAAUGGCCGCCUUGGCCACCAAGAGCCUCCUGGGAAAGCUGAGCACGGCGAACCAGAACAACAUGUACGCACUCGUCAACAACUGGAUGGAGGGAGACAAGAUGGCCUUGAGGCGUUUGGGUGUGCAGGCGUGCGGUCUGUUUGUGGAGGUGGAGGGGGAGCGCUUCGCCAAGAGGAUGGACACCCUGCUGCGACUCAUCGAGAGGGAGAUACACACCGACAACUACGAGGACAUUGAGGAGGAGGAGGAUGAGAAGGCAUCUGACCGGCUGCUGUUCUGCUACCUGACCCUCAUCACCAAGCUCAUCAAGGACUGCGGAUUCCUACAGCUCAGCAAGCCAAGAGACACACUCACCGGCAUCUGGGGUCACAUGGAGAGCCACCUGCGGCACCCUCACUCGUGGGUGUGGCUGACGACGGCCCAGGUGUACGGCCAGCUGUUUGCAGCCCAGAGGCCCGAGGAGCUGCUGCAGAUGUGGAGCAGCUCUACUCAGGAGGAGCGCAGCAGCAACGCGGCCCUGCCAGUGGCCACAGCCUUCCUCUGUAGCAACCUGGACAAGAAGAUGCGUGAGCUGGUUCUGUCCUUCAGCCAUCAGCUGCAGUCGAAGUUCCUGGACCCGAGCGCAGGCGACCAGGUGGUGAAGAACCUGAUCUUUGUUGCCAAGGUGAUUUACCUCAUCUCACCCGAUUCGGACGUCACGGAAAACGACCAGGCUGAAGAGAACGGAGCCACUGAAACGAAUGGAGAGACUCCAAUGGAAGAAGAAGAAGAGAAAGAAGAAGAAGAAGAAAAGAAGGAGGAGAAUGAAGAAGGGGAGAAGGAGGGAGAGGAGGCUAAGGAGGGAGAGAAUGGAGGAGAGGAGGAGGUUGAUGAGGAAGAGGCGGAGGAAGCCGAGGAGGAGGAGGAGGAGGAGGAGGAAGAGGAGGAUGAGAAUCGACCUCCCUCUCUGUUGUGGGUGAUGAAGAAGCUGUGUGUGUUGGCAAAGAGAGAGGCGGCCUACUCACCUAAAGUGCCUCUAAAGCGUACGUGUGUCUUCAAGUUCCUGGGAGCCAUGGCAGUGGACCUGGGGAGAGAUCGCCUGGCCCCCUAUCUCACCACCAUUAUCGCCCCACUACACAGAGAGCUAGACAGCACCUACGCUGACCAGGACCCGACUCUGAAGCACUUGGCCCAGGAGCUGAUAGACCUGCUGAAGAAGCUGGUGGGUCUGGAGCGCUUCUCUCUGGCCUUCGCCGCCGUGCAGAAGGAAGCCAGCAAGCGGAGAGCCUCGCGCAAGAGACACCGAGCCAUGCAGGCCGUGUCCAACCCGGACAUCGCUGCCAGGAGGAAGAUCAAGAAGCACCAGAAGACGGCGGUGAGGAAGAGGAAGGCAGACUUUGGCCGCAAGGGGCCCAAGACGAAGAAGCUCAAGCUGAAAGGGAAGUCUGCCAGGGACUUGGCCAUUUUGCAGUGAGGCACCCGUUUUUCCUGGAACCGGAAAACGGCUAACUAGCUGGGUGUGGAACCAUGAGGACCUGUAUUUAACAGUGACUGCUGACUCGCCUCCUUUUAGUUGAUUGUGGGUGGGGGGGGGGCGACAUGUAAUUUCAGAGGACCAAACAGCCAAUGCGUUUUAGACCUCUGACGUCAAGCCAGCCAUCAACAUCCAGCGCCAAAAUACUUCUGAAUUGAGGAGCAUCACAUGUCCCAAAUGAACUGUCAAAUGCAGUAGAGCAACCCUCUCCCUCAUAGUAUGGUGCCUGGGUGCACACACAGCUUCUCCUCUACUUGUGGAGUGAGGUGUGUGGGCAGUGGCAUCAACGCACAAUUUUCCAGUCUGGGCGUGUUGGUGUAUAAAGGUCAAACAUGGAAGGAUCGAGGUUUAAGCCAUGUUUUCAGACAGCUGACAGUGUUGCAUUGAUAAAUUGGUAGCAGCUGUUUGACACACCUCACGGUCUUAUUGUAUUCCCUAAGCAUCAUUUACUGUUUGUGAGUAAAUAUUGUUCCACAUUACUCAUCCUAACUAAGUAGCCACUGCAAUGAACUUCAUAGUAAAACGUCAUAUUAACCCUUUUUUCAAUCCGAUUAUGAAUCAUUUGGCCACAAGAGGUCUCGAGUUUGUAACCAAAUUGGUUAUAUUAUCUACCAUGUCAUGAUGUGUUUGAUGACUAAGUAUAUUAUGUUUGGAUGAAUGUUUGUAAGAGUGGACAUGCAAUUGAAUGCAUAGCCAGUUUUUAAAUACACAAAACAUGAACCUGAAUGUUGUUGUCUGUUCAUGAUGGCCAGCAUAAAAUGAAUGUAAUUACUCU